AUGGAACUGGAGUUUAGAACUCAUGCCACCGUCGAGCAACAGGAAAGAGAUGGAGAGAUCGUGGAGGAAGAGAAGAAGCAAGAGUAUUUGAGAAUCAAGAAAGAUAUGGAGUACAAUUUUAGGUCAUUGAAGAUGUUGGCUACUGCUGCCGAGGAAGAAGACUCGCAUGCGCAGAUGAUCAAAGAACUGGAGACCAAGAUCGACUCGCUAGAAAAGACGAAGGCCAACUGUGAAGGAGAGCUGCUAAGGCUGAGACAGGAGAGAGCCAAGCACACCGAAGAGAAAAAGGAGGAAAUCGAUAAAUUGAAGAGCCAGAUAAGGGAGAACAAGAGCAAGACCGAGAAGAGCACCAACGAGGCGCAGCUGGUCGACCUCAUCAACACCUACGACAAGGAGAUGUUCGCCCUCACCAACACCAAGGCCGACUCCCAGAAGGAACUCAAGCGGGUCAGUGAUGAACUCAACAACCUCCGCAGGCACUUCUCGGAAAUCGAGGAGGAGCGCAAGCGCGAAGAGGCCAUUUUGGAAGCCGACCGCCAGCGCAGGGAAAAGUGGGAACUCAUGGAGAGGCGUAAGGGAGAAGCUGCCACCAGGAUCAAGGAGGCCUACCGUCUCUACAAGCUCAAGAGCAAGAAGAAGAAAAAGAAGAAAAACAAAUGA